UUUGACCUUCAGUCACGGGGGUAUAUAUAUAACUGAGGGAGAUGGCCGGAGGGUCUCUGGCAGGCAAAAUGAGGUCUCUGGUGUCUGCAUGUUGCUUUCUGUCUCUCCUGGCUCUGUCGGCUGCAGAGUCCUCCGUUCACGAUGAGGAGGUUGUGAUGCGCCUGCAUCUCCAGCAGCCAGAAGGAGACCACUUCUCCUGCAGCUGUGAUGCAGAGGAGAAGCCAGCCGGCCAGACCUCCUCUAAUGAUACCCCGGCACCAGAGAGACCGAUGUGCCAGCCCUGCAAACCCUCCUUAGCCUCCACAGACGAGCCUGCUGUCCCCUUUGGGGGCGACGAAGAGGACGGAGAACCCGCCCCUGAACAUGACCUUUCUGCAGAAGUGACUGCAGCUGAAGGAGAACACCAAGAGGUGGUGGAGGAGGACGGAGAGGCGGCAUCAGAUGAGCAGGAGGAUUUGCUGGAGGGUGGCAAUAUGAAGCAUGAGGUAUUUGAGGCAGCUCAACAAGCCAAAAAGACGGAGGAAGAGGAGGAGGAGGAGAAAACCUUAGCAGAGGCUGACGAGGAGGUGAAACCACCUGAGACAGGUGAGGUAGAAGAAGUCCAGGAACCUUUAGAGGUAGAUGAAGAACGUGAGAGUCAAAAAGUUGAAGAGGAAGAACAAGAAUCAGAUCAGGAUGACGUUGCUGUGAAGGAGUUAGAAGAUGGAGACCCACAAGAGGAAACAGGGAUGGGAUCAGAGGAGGAGACAGCAGAAGAGACAAACUUCAAUCCAGAGCAGAAUCCAGAAGCAACACAAGCUGAGACUGAUGGAAACAUAGAGCCGGACACACUAGAGCAAGUACAAGUUUUAGAGAGCGAGCCUGAAACGGAACCAGAGCACAUUCUUCAGCUGGAGCCUGAACUUCCAGAAUCGGAGGAGGGCGUCGCCCCGACAGAGACGCUUGGACCUGCGGUACAGACCAAGCAAGAGGCAGCUGAAGAGGGGCCUGCACCAUCUCCACACAAAGGUGACGCUUCAGGCUCCGCCCUCAGGGAUCGAUCCCACAUUGAAAACAUGCUGGAGGUGGCAACAGAACCCUCAACAGAGGUGUCUGGUGCUAUAAAGAAGCUGCUGAACAUUUACCACAAGGCCAUCAAACCAAUGGAAGAUGCUUUCAAGUACAAUGAGCUCAGGCAGCAUGAAGUCACAGAUGGUGAGAUUACAUCCAAGCCCAUGGUUUUGUUCUUGGGACCCUGGAGUGUCGGCAAGUCCUCCAUGAUCAACUACCUGCUGGGUCUCCACGGCACAAGCCAGGAGCUCUACACAGGCGCCGAGCCCACCACAUCCGAGUACACCGUCAUAAUGCACGGGGACAAGUUUCGAACCAUAGAGGGCAUCGUGAUGGCAGCAGACAGCUCCCGCUCUUUCUCUCCCCUGGAGAAAUUCGGCCAGGGUUUUCUGGAGCGAUUCGUGGGGAUCGAGAUGUCCCACAAGCUGCUGGAGAGGGUCACGUUCGUCGACACGCCAGGCAUCAUCGAAAACCGCAAGCAGCAAGAAAGAGGGUAUCCAUACAACGAGGUGUGCCAGUGGUUCAUCGACCGAGCCGACUUGAUCUUCCUGGUGUUCGAUCCCACCAAGCUUGAUGUGGGGGGGGAACUGGAGAUGCUCUUCAGGCAGAUGAAGGGCCGCGAAUCCCAGAUCCGUCUCAUCCUGAACAAGGCCGACAGUCUGUCCACACAGGACCUGAUGCGGGUGUACGGGGCUUUGUUUUGGAGCAUGGCGCCACUCAUUAAUGUGACCGAGCCUCCUCGCGUGUACGUCAGCUCCUUCUGGCCCUUCGAUUAUGCUGUGGACACCAGCAGAGAUCUCUUUAUGAAGGAGGAGAUCUCCCUGUUGGAGGACCUCAACCAGGUGAUUGAAAAUCAAAUAGAGAACAAAAUCGCCUUCAUCCGUCAGCACGCCAUUCGAGUCCGAAUCCACGCCCUGCUGGUGGACCGUUACCUCCAGACCUACCAUGAGAAGCUGGGCUGGUUCGGUGACCCACAUGAGGUUUUCCAGGACAUUGUCAACGACCCAGACAAGUAUUACAUCUUCAAGUCCAUCCUGGCCAAGACCAACGUCAGUAAAUUUGACCUCCCGGACAAGGAGGCCUACCAGGACUUUUUCGGCGUGAACCCAGUCUCUCACUUCAAGCAGCUGUCCCAACUCUGCGGCUGGUCUGGCGGCUGUCUGCUCGAGAAGAUAGAGAGAGCCAUCUCACACGAGCUUCCAUCUCUGCUCAGUGGUGUCGGCAAAAACUCAGACCCUCCUGCUCCUGCCAAGGCGUCCCCAGCGCCUCCGCCCCCGCUCCCUGGUACAUGCCAGGGUCCCGAGUGCGAAGAGAGACCCAAGAAUCGCUGGAGAAGGCAGUAAUGCUCUGCAGGAGGCUAAACGGGAGGGGGGAUUUGUCUGGAUGUGGUUCUGAUGUCAGGGCUGUCUCUGGAGAGAGAGGGCUGAAGAAAGAGAUGUGAUCCAGUAAAAUGAAUAUGAUGAGUACACAUAAACACUUGCUGGCAGGCUUCAGUCAGAAGGCACUUUGGAAAACAGAAAAGCUGGAAAUGAUCAAUUCUUGGGUUAAAAACAAACAGCCUGGCCUUCUUUUGACUCAUAAAAUACAAAAAAUGGCUUCAAAAGAACAUGGAUUCAUGGAUUUGAUGAAUUAAUGUGACAUUUUCAAACUUGGACAGUCAAUGUUCAUUGUUUUUUUUAGCCCCAGCCUUAUUCUAUACAUUAGAAGACGUUUUGUGUCAGUCUGUUGUAAUUACACUGUACCAGUUCUCUUUAUAUUUAACUUAUUGUUUCUUAUUCGAGUGCAACUGGCUUUAUAAAAGUGAAGCCUUUUGAAUGGUUUGUAAUUUUAACACAACAUAGUCGGCGUUUCUGUCACAUGCAGUCAUUUUUUUGUGCUUGGAUCUGAUCUCAUUUGUUAGUAUUUUGUGAUUGCUUUGACUGUGACCCCAACCUGGUCAGGCACGAUGCAUCACUUUAAUAAAAUAAAAUAGAACAAA